AUGAAGGUCUUCAUACUUUCCUGCCUUGUGGCACUUGCUCUUGCUAGUGAGGUGGGUAAAGAAGCUUCCUAUGAAUCACUCAGCAUAUCCUCUGAGGAAUCUUCUGAAAGCAUCAGUAAGAAACUUCAGAUGGUUGGACAAAUGGAACAGCUGCAAGCAAGGGGUGUGCUCCAGAAUAACGUUCACCCCUUCAUCCAAUCACAGCCUCAGGGCUUUCCUUACGAACAGCCUAUCUCUUGCACUCCCCUUGCACAAAACGCCCAGCCUAUUGCUCAAGCCUCUGUGGUGCCUUCUCUUGGGCCUGUCAUUUCUCCUGAAGUGGAAGCCUUCCUAAAAGCUAAAGCCGCCAUUCUUUCCAAGCAAAAAGCCAUACACUCUCUUAACCCCGAAACUGUGCUCUCUCUUUUUAACCCUCAAGUCCUCAGUUCUGCUACCCUUGCAAACCAGCACAUCCCUCAGUCUCAGGUCCAGCUCCUGGCACAAGUCCUGCAGGCUUUCCUUCAGACUCCUGUGGCUUCUUCUCAGACCCAGCUGUCUCUUCCUCAGUCCAAAGUUCUGUACCUUCUCCAGCAAGUAACACCCUUCCUUCAAAAAGAUAUGUCUUCCCAAACUCCUCUGCAGUUCCCAGACCUUCUGCUUAAGCCCACCCUGCAUUCCCCUGCCCAGGAACCAGCUCAUCCCAUCACUGUAAGUCUAAAUUUGCUUCCUUUUAAAUUCCCCUCGAAAUGUGUGUUUGAUGAAGUUAAUAGAAGAAAUGCGCCCUCUAGAAUGGAAUAA